AACUACAGAGAGUGUGUGAGAGCUAACUAGUGGGAGGCAAGUGCCAUUUUUUCUCACCGGCUUCUUCUCACUCUAUUUGUAGUCUAUGUCUAUCUCUCUUCGACUGUGAACUCCUCUUUCUCUCUAAACUUUUUUCUUCAGUCUCUUACUUUUGCUUCCAUCAGCCAUUAGCUUUCUCUCUUUCUGCUUUACACCACCAGUGGGCAGCGACUCUUUCCCUCUUUUCGCAUUGAAUUCGCUAAGUUCCUUAAAACUCCCAGAGGAUCUCUCUCUCUCUCUCUCUCUCUCUCUCUCUCUGUGUCUAUCCAUUUUUUGAUUCCUUUUGUGGAUACCCAUUUGGAUUUGGAGGCAAAAUAAGAGCUACAAGUGGGUGUCAGCCAUGGCAGCUCCAAAACCAGAGGAGAUAAGCCACCCACCAAUGGACCAACUUCAAGGCCUAGAGUACUGUAUUGAUUCAAACCCAUCAUGGGGGGAGGCAAUAGCUCUGGGGUUCCAGCACUACAUUUUGGCCUUAGGAACUGCAGUUAUGAUUCCAUCAUUCCUUGUUCCUUUGAUGGGUGGCGAUGAUGAUGAUAAAGUGAGGGUGGUACAGACUCUGCUUUUUGUUGAAGGAAUUAAUACACUUCUGCAAACACUAUUUGGGACCCGAUUGCCAACCGUGAUUGGAGGGUCCUAUGCCUUCAUGGUUCCCAUAAUCUCCAUAAUUCACGAUUCCUCCUUGACGCGCAUCGAGGAUCCUCAUAUGAGAUUUCUCAACACCAUGAGAGCAGUACAAGGUGCACUUAUAGUAGCAUCAAGCAUACAAAUUAUUUUGGGAUUUAGUCAAAUGUGGGCCAUCUGUUCCAGGUUCUUCAGCCCUCUUGGAAUGGCUCCGGUAAUUGCGCUAGUGGGUUUUGGCCUCUUUGAUAGAGGAUUCCCUGUGGUUGGACGGUGCGUGGAAAUUGGCAUUCCCAUGCUUAUCCUGUUUAUAGCCUUCUCCCAGUACUUAAAAAGUUUUCAGCUCAGGAAACUGCCAGUCCUGGAGCGGUUUGCUCUCCUCAUAUCAGUUACUGUGAUAUGGGCAUAUGCACACCUCUUGACAGCCAGUGGUGCAUACAGACAUCGACCAAAUUUAACCCAAGAAAACUGCCGAACUGACCGAGCCAAUCUGAUUUCUUCUGCUCCAUGGAUAAAAAUCCCAUACCCUCUUCAAUGGGGUGCUCCUACCUUUGACGCUGGUCAUGCUUUUGGAAUGAUGGCUGCCGUUCUAGUUUCAUUGAUUGAGUCAACUGGAGCUUACAAGGCUGCAUCACGUCUAGCAAGUGCCACACCACCUCCAGCGCAUGUUCUUAGCCGUGGUAUUGGCUGGCAAGGAAUUGGGAUCCUGCUGAGUGGACUCUUUGGAACAUUGACUGGCUCAACAGUCUCUAUCGAAAAUGUCGGGCUUCUUGGAAGUACUCGUGUUGGAAGCCGCAGGGUUAUCCAAAUCUCAGCUGGUUUUAUGAUAUUCUUCUCCAUGUUAGGAAAAUUUGGAGCUUUGUUUGCAUCAAUACCCUUCACUGUAUUUGCUGCUGUAUAUUGUGUAUUGUUUGGUCUUGUCGCUUCGGUGGGGCUGUCAUUUUUGCAGUUCACGAACAUGAACUCAAUGAGGAACCUGUUCAUCACUGGCGUUGCCUUCUUCUUGGGUUUGUCUGUUCCCGAGUAUUUCAGGGAAUACACAGCCAAGGCUCUUCAUGGUCCUGCUCAUACCAGUGCUGUAUGGUUCAAUGAUUUCCUGAACACUAUCUUCUUCUCAUCCCCGACUGUUGCAUUGAUUGUUGCAAUCUUUCUGGACAACACACUCGACUACAAGGAUAGUGCCAGAGACAGGGGAAUGCCAUGGUGGGUUAAGUUUCGGGCAUUUAAGGGGGACAGCCGAAAUGAGGAGUUCUACACCCUCCCUUUCAAUCUCAACCGUUUCUUCCCCCCAUCUUGAACAAGUUUACUGCCAUUGAGAAGAGAAAGAUGUUAGAGGAAAAGCAUCAUUUCCAGAAAGGGUUCGUUCCAGUGAAGAAAGAGUGAAACCGAAGGUCCAUUGAUUAAUGCAGAGCAAUGACACCUUUGCUUUCCCUCCUCCACUCUUUUUUCAUUGCUAUAUAUAUAUAUAUAUAUAUAUAUAUAUAUAGCGUUUUUUGACUUGGAUUAUUUUGGUAUAGUAUAAAACUAGUUGAUAUGUAUUCCCUUUAAGUUUGAUUCAAUGUGAAAGUCACCGAAUUUUCGGUGUAAUUUUGAGA